GAGCUGAUUCAGUUGUUCGGGAGCAAGCGAAUUGCAAGGACUGCGCGAGCAUACGAAGCGACAUUGGGAAUAGCGCGCGACUUAAAAUAGCGUAACUCAGCAACAAGUGAAGCGCAAAGGACAAUGAGUGAAGGUUUAAGAUUUGUUGCAGCCUACGGCUGGUUUUUGGUGCUCUGUGCUUUGUCAACGUUAUAUCUACAGUCGCAACCUGGAGAUGUCGAUGCCUGUGGCGAUCCCCAAAAACUGAUUGUCGAGUGCUUUAAGGAUUUUCCACAGAAGCUUCUGCAAGUCGAUAAGAUUGCCAUAACCAAGGAAGAUUUGAGUGACAAGUGCGAUGCUUUAAAUCGUGGCAUGGAAUGUUUUGAUGUCUACUCCAAACAUUGUCUGCAGAGUCAAAAGCUCAACAUGUACGAAAAUAAAAUUUAUAGAGCACUCAGGCUUUUCAAAAAGUUUUGCGCCAAUGAGAACUAUCAGCGAGAUAUGCAUCGUCGCAAGGAGUGCUUCCCCAAAAUUAAAGCCGAUUGGCAAAGGUGCAGUAAUAACUUUCAGAGAGCAAUUGUUGACGGCAAACUAAAUAAUACGACAAAAUGUGUGGAAAUUUGUUGCGCACGUUUGGCAUACGAGAGCUGCAUCUACAAGAGCAUCCGCUACAAGUGCUACAAGAACUCGGCCCAGUUUGCACACGAAACCGCUAAAAUGUUGUCAAACGAGAAGCAUUUCAGCAACUGCCGUCAGCUGGAGGAGAUUUGCGCGUAUGCCGCAGACAUAUCCUCCAUCAGAGGCAGUAUUUUGUCCUUGGCAUUGGUGUUGUUGCUGCGCUAUGUGCGUCGUCACAUGAAAAUGUAAAUUGGUCUUGGACUGGUUGCGAUUGCUGUGGUUGUUGUUAUCCACAUGGCAAUGCAUAGCAUUGACAUUUUCGUGGAUAAGUGUGUGAUUUCUGUUACUAGGUAUAGGUAUGGCCAAACAGUGUUUUUCUCAAAAAAGUAUUUUAACCAUUUAUGUGUAUGUAUAUGUCUACAAAUAAACUCACCUUAGAUCAGUUGCACUCCAUACUCAUUCAUUGGAUAUUCUUUACCAGAAAAUCCCACAUGACGUAUACGUAAUGUGCGAAAACUAUUAUAAAACACUUAACUGCGAACCAACUCUGUUAUUACAAAAGGCUAAUAAAAUUGUCCUACAUAGAGACUCAUUUAAGCAACUUUACAAGCUAUUAGCACAGCAAAGGCUGCUCUGAAACUUGAGCUUCUAGGGCGGAAAAGUUUCCACUAAUGAAAAAUUUAAUUUCAUUUUAACUAACAUAAUUGUUACUGGGCAAACAAUUAGCUAGUUUUCAAACUCAAAACCUCUCAUCUCUAAGUGCCCUCAUGGAAAAGUUCAUUUAAAUUAAUUUAAUGUGCCGCAAAUGCAAAGAGAGCAGCAAAUGUGUACCGUAUUGCUAACAGUAAAUAUUUGAAGUUGAUAAAUUAAGUUACCUGCCGUUUUUAAUGUAGUAUAUCUCAAGUCAAUAUUAAAGAGCUCAAUUUAAAGGAAUGACUGCAAUUUCAGAGCAGACAUAAAUAAAUAUAGCCCAUAAAUAAAUAUUAAAUUCUGCUCGCUUUAAACACGACCGAGGUUGAAAAUCUGUUAAAGUCUACAAACACUUAAUU